GGACUUUUUGCAAUCGCAAGUUGUAGAUCGCGCGCGCGUUCACGAUCGCAGAGACCACAUAGUCAUGCUGCACAAACUGAAGGUUGACUGAAGGCAGCCCAUGACGGACGAUACAACAGCCUCUAUCUCGUCCCAAGCUGCUGAAACCGUACCUCAGCCCGUCCUGUCGCAGCUCUCGCCGACCUUUUACGGAUGCUACUUACUGUCCUCGCUGAAGGAAGGAUGCACCAACCAUGCAUAUGUGGGCUCUACUCCCGAUCCCGUCAGACGACUAAGGCAGCAUAAUGGAGAGAUAAAGGGAGGGGCAAAAAAAACUGAGAAGAAGCGCCCUUGGGAUAUGGUCGUGGUCGUUUACGGUUUUCCAAAUAAAUAUGCUGCUUUACAGUUCGAGUGGGCUUGGCAAAAACCGCACCUGUCCCGGCACUUUUCAGCCGCAUAUCCUGGUGCCUACAAAGGUACCAGAAAGGAAAUGAUGCUGCCAAUCAAACUACGAGUCCUUUCAGAUAUGCUCCAUCUAGAGCAAUGGUCAAGGUGGCCAUUGAAUAUUCAUUUCACAUCCACGGUUGCUGCAUCCAUGUUUGGACAGCUUCCAAGUGCGCCGCCGAGACAUAUUGGCAUAGCCCAUGGCACACUUGUGGAAGUAGGGAGAGACAUUAGAAAGGAGGAAGGGGCCCUAGUCGCUUCGAAACUCGACAUGCCCAGCAUAGAGCACGACUGCGUUGUGUGCCUUGAAUCCAUUGAGAUCGAACAACCAUCCGACUGGCUGUGCUGUAGUAGAGAUCAAUGUCCGAUGAUUGCUCACCUCGUUUGUUUAUCUUCAUGGUUUCUCUCAGAAGAGGCUGCCGAGCGCUUGGGGUCAGAUCAUUCUUCUGAACUAUUACCUGUGAUGGGAACAUGUCCGUUAUGUCGUGUGCCUUUGAGAUGGGGAGAUCUCAUUAUGGCGAUGAAUGGACGGAUGAACGUGAUGCGGACCGGAGGUCAAGCUCGCAGGAAUGACAUAACCAUUGCAGCUACGUCGCAUGGAAUGGUGGAAAUGCAGGCCGAUGAAUCGCAGAACGAUGAGAAUAGUGUAAAUAAGGCAACGCGGGCCGAUUUAAAGGGAAAAGAUAGCACGGAGACGGCAACAAUAAAACCGCGAUUGAGGAAGAUGCUCACACGAGAUCUGGUUAAAGCCGCGACAGUGGAAGUGUUAUCACAAGGUCAUUCCGUGAACCAGAAGGAUACCAGAAUUGCGAAGGAUACUUCUCUGAAGACCGACAGUGGGCUGACUGCCGAGCAAUUGCAACGAAGCAUGGAUCCGCCAUGCCGCUCGAAUGCAGGUCACGGUGACGCCAUUGGAAAACGAAAGACUUUGAGAGCACAUAUGAGAUCGCAUGAAGACGGGGAACAUAUCCCACCAUCCAUAGGAGCCACCUUGUCCGUGAUGCCGCUGCAAGAUUCGAAUCAGAAUUCACUGAUCACAUCUCAUUGUAGUUCCACGAAAUCCGUCGGAGGGACCUUAAAAGCUUCCUGGGUAUCUCUUUUGCCCACUGCUCAAAGUGAAAAAUCAAACGGGGUUAAAUUGCCGUCCACCGUCAAAGAAAACGCCCCGCCCCAAAGUCUGCGAAACAGAAAUUGCCACCAACCAAUUCCCGUGAACAAUUACCCGAUGGUAUCCACAUCAAAAUCUAAAAACAAACAGAAGAACAAAUACAUGGUUUAUUCUUUAGAUCACACGCUGGACGGAGACCGCGCUCUGUCCCCGAGACCUGUUGUGUCGGAGAUCAGUAAACAGAACAAAACAGACGCUGAAUUUGGUGAUGCUCUGGUCAUGGGCUGUGAAAAUGAUGACGAGGAUGUGGCCUUUUUGACGAAGAGAAUAGGUGGAUUGGGACUCAAAUGAUAGGAUCGCAGAGAAGCGACUGGAUAAUUCAUAUUUGAAUCAAAUAACAAGAACAUCCACUACAGCAUCCCCUACCGCUGUGCUACUUAUUG